AUGGUGGUUUAUUCCGUCGAUGGGGCCAUGGCUGAGGCCUUGAAUCACCUCAAUCGCAUUGCAUGCCAUUUCCGCAAGCACGAGCAGCACAAAGCUGCCAAUGAACUUGGAAAACUGAGCGUCAUGAUUGUCAACGCAUUUUCCGAAGGCGCUGAUCAACUUUCUGCUUCUGACUACGCUUUUGAUGACGUGCAGGAUGAAAACUGUCCGGGCACCAUGAAUAGCCAGUCCAGCAUUCACAGCACACUUCAGAAGCAGGCCGUCGCUGACCUCAUGAACCAAGUCGAGAAGGUUCAGAAAGAGAAAACCAGCGGUCAAAUCAGUGCGCUGCGGAAGAUUUCUCGUGAUGGACAGGCCCCUCAUCCUGGAAGCUGGGCCCAGAUUGCGGGCACAGUUGCUAGUUCCGCCUCUGGCCUCCAGGUCUACUGCCCAGAGACAGCGCAGUACAUGUCGCCCGUGUCCCUCACUUCGGCCUCUGUCUCCAGACAGAGCCAAAAUAGUGAUGAUGGCAGUGAUCCCCAACUUCCCGAUCCACCCGUGGUUGCACUUUCUUCGACCAUAGUGUCCGAGAUUCCAGAAGCCAAGGCGGGUGUUAUCCGCAUCUAUGGAAGAAUCUCCAAGGACGUUAUUCAGUUUAUCACCACCCGUAUCCACGAAGGUCCAUUGCAGGAUGUCCGCCUGGAGACCAAUGGAAGAACACGGGUAACCUUCCAGCAUGCAUCUCAGGCACUCGCUUUUUUGAAGUCCAACCAGGAAAUGGAGCAGAUGCUCGGCUUUGGACGCUUUGGGUGCGGAUAUCACGUUGAAUUGGCCGAGAUUAUUGAUUGGAACGAAGAUCUCCGUCGGAUGAACCAGCCAAUCCGCGAGCGUCGUCGCCUGUCCUUUGCAAGAAAGAGACUAUUUGCUGAAAACAUGUCGCCGGAGAAAUGGAAGCAGGACAUCCGUACUCUGGCAGGCCCUGGAAACAUUGACUUCCUCUGGGUCUUCAAUUCUGGAAACGCAACUGCUGUCUUUACGAGCACCUCCGUAGCUCGCAAAGUUCUGGAGGUAUUCAACAGAUGGAAAGACGGCCGCAAUGUUUACAGUGGGGUUUCGGUGACUUAUUCCUCAGACCCCUGCGAGAAAGAGUUGGUCCUCGUCAGGGAUAUGUCUCGCCCCAGCAUGAACAAUAAGAACUUCAUGAAACGAUCUAUGCGCUGA